UUCAGUUCGUGUUCUAGCGUUUGCGAAGCCGUCGUCGUCGGAGUGUACGCGCAUUAGCGAAUUCCUUUUUCGCUUAGUGUUUGAUAGCCUUGCAAGACAAGCUUACAGCCUUAUGUAGCUGUUGUGUAGCAAGGACACGAGUGUUUCAAAGUACAUAUGUACGUAUGUUUUCUCGGUUGUCGGUUAUUUCGUUGGCUAGUGGAUAAUUGGCUAAAUAUGGGACGCCAAUUGCCCAACGGUCGAACCGAUGAUGUGCAGCGGUCACUUGCAAGCGGCGUUUAAUGAAAGUUUCGUUGAUUUAGCUGUGAGUUUUUAAGGUGGAUUUAUUGAAUGCAGUGCUGAUUUUUGUUUUCGUAUAGAUUUGUACAUAUGUACAUAUGUAGUUGUAAGUUUGUUGGAUACCGCACACACACACACACACACACACAUGCGGUCUGUUGUGGAGCUUUAGUGAUUUCGCACAACAACUCAGUCGCCGGGUUGAUUGAAUUCGGUGGAUUGGACGGUGUUGGCCGUCGUCGUCAUCAUCGUCGCGGUGAGCAGCUCCAUUCUUCAGUCUGUUAUUGACUUUCGGGUUGUGCGCGUGUAGCCGAGACGCUGCUGCUUAGUAUUCGUUGGUGCGGAUUUGCUUGUGCUCGUUCGGACGCAUAUCCUGUUUUUUUUUCGCAGUGCCAGCACAGAUUUUAUCGUGAGCGCUGGUGUGGGUGUAAUCCUUUUGAAAAUAAAAAGUAAUGCAGAUUGAAGUGAAAGAAAAUUGCGAAAAGUGAUACAAUCACAGGACCCUUCACUCUCCAAGGGAGUGAAAUGGAGUUAAAAUUGCAUGUUGCACUCCGAAAAUAAACUAAAAAAUAUUAAAGUGUGAUGUGAAAGUGGAAAAAAGACCUGGAGGCAACAGCAAAUACAACUAAAAAAUGAAAAUAUAACAACAAAGAGGAGAUGUAAAACAAAAUUCAAGUAAAAAGUGCAAAACAAGUGGAAGUGAAAAGAAUAUAACCAACAACAAAAGCAAAAGCAACUGCGACAGCAACAGCAACAAUGCUAUCAACGACAACAAUCGUAUAAAUGUUGCUGGUAUUAAGUCAUUAAAAUAUUAUCGCACAACUAUUAUCCUUGUUUGGAAGGGCAAAGGCCGCAGAGACAAGGCACGCAAGCAGCAAAAGCGUGCCAAGCAAAGCAAAACGAAGCAUAACUAUAGUGAAGCUAUCAGAAAGAGCUUGUGUGAGUGGGUGGAGUGUCUGUGCAUGUGUGUGUGUGUGCGUGCACGCAAAAGUGUUGGCUGUUGCAAGCUGGCUUUGCUGCUGAAUAAACGUAUCGAAUAACAACAAACAAGCAAGUGAAGGGCCAAAGGCAAAAAAAAACGAAGAAAUAGGAAAAUAAAGUAAUAAUAACAACAGUAAAUUAUAACAGUGAUAAUAAAAAGAGGCAGCAGCAACAAUAACAACAACUAGCAAGCCAGCAAGCCCGCCUCCAGUGCGCUCGAGCUGCUGUGAGCUACAAGAAGGACACGAAAAACAAAAACAAUAGCAACAAAAAACGCACAUACCUCUGAGAGCAUGCUAGCGCCAAUAACAACAAACACAACAACAACAACAACAAACGCCACAUCUACUGCUACAAACAUAGACUCAUAUAAGGUUUAAAUAGUAGUAGCAAGGAUGCCGGCAAAGGUCCUAACAACCAGCUCAGCUGCUAGCAAUGCUGGUAAACAGUCGUCGAAAUUCGUCGAAGUGGUGGGGAAGUCCCUCAUAAAUGUAAGAAAAAUAAAAGUGCCCAUUCGAAAUAGCAGCUGUAGUAGCAACAUCAGCGGUGGCACACAGUGGAAGCUAACGACAAUGCCAACAGCUACAAUGGCAACAGCAACAGCAACAGCAACAGCACCAACAACCACAACAGCAACAAUAGCUGCACAUUCAAUAACAGCAACAAUGCUGAGGAGUAAGACCAAAUCACCGCGUCGACGUUGCGCUGCGCUUGUGAUAAACAGCAACAGCAGCAGGAACAGCAAUCGAAACAACAACUACCAGAGACGCCAACACUUCAACGCUGCUUCUACUACUACUACAGCGCUUGCAGCAUCAUUACCAUCUGUACGUACGCGUGCAAUAAUAACACUCUUGCCAUCAUCCUCAUGGAUAUUUUGCCUUUGGCUAUGGAUUGCAAUUUCGUCGUUGGUAUUUGUGCAUUGUGUGCCAUCACCCUCUUCCUCGUUGUCCUCUUCAUCAUCGGGCAGCUCGUCGGCAAACUCAGCGUCAUCCAACGCAAUGCAAUCACCACAAAAGCGAGGCAGCGGUGCAGCGGACCUCACCAAGGAUCAGUGCAACAAAACAGUGGACAUCUUCGAGGAUGUCAGCUCGCCGGAGGUGAAUAACAUAAAUGUGGGCCGGCCGUUGACCUGCUGGUACCGGUUCCGUACGCUGAAGGGUGCACCGCGCGACUUUGUGUUGCGGUUACGUUUUAAAAAAUUUAAAGUUGGCACGCUGUUGAAUGCAACACACUGCGAGGGCGGCCAUUUGCAGAUUGUCGAUGGCAAUGCGAAAACGGAUGUUUCGAAUCGCCGUGAGCCUGGCAUGUUUUGCGGUGAGGCGGAGCAGCCACAAACUUUCAUCAGUGAGACCAACUAUGUCAAAGUGCUCUUCCACACAGAUAACUUUACUGAUCAGACAUAUUUCACAUUUGAUUCGCGUGCUGAACAGCAAACGGAAGUUUAUUUACGUUAUGGCCAACAUCCGGAAUUGUAUCCCAAUCGACGCGGUGAAGUAGUGCAAGGCUCUUACUGUGAACGCGAGUAUCGCGAUUGCAGAUUACAAACGUGUUACGUGCAAUCGCCCGCAUAUCCUGGCCUAUAUCCGCGUGCAUUAAAUUGUCGUUAUAAAUUGCAUACGCGACAGCCGUACAUAAAAUUGUACUUGCAGAAUGAACAAUUUGCGGUGGAUGGACAGAGGUGCGAAAAUGUCAUGACAUGUCCCAUACGACCAAUUGGUUCCGGCAAAGAGCACUGCCCCUACGAUUGGCUUGCCGUUUACGAUGGCCGCGAUGAGCAUUCACCACUUAUUGGCAAAUUUUGUGGGAUGGGCAAAUUUCCGUUUAGCAUCAUUGGCACUUCACAAUUCAUGUACGUCGAAUUUGUCACCUCACCCGCCGGUCCUCUACUCAACACUGGCUUCCAUUUCAAUGUCGGCAAUUGGCCGGGCCAUGUGGAGACGGCGGGCAUUAAGCAUGGCAUUUGCGAUUGGUUGCUCAGCUCAGACUCGCUGAAGGAUAGCAGCGCUAGUGAGGGUAUAUUUUUGAGUAUCGCUCAUUGGUAUCCACCGAAUACGUCGUGCAGUUAUCACAUCAAAGGACGUACGGGCGAAAUUGUGCGACUCUAUUUUCCAAGCUUCCGCAUCAAUCGCAUUGAGUCACCGAUACUCAAGUAUGACGGCGACUGCGGUGAAUCGCUUACAAUUUACGACUCCGAUCAUCCCGAUCCGGCACGUAUUAUUAAAACCUUCUGCGACACAUUUUCGCGACCUAUGGAAAAGGUGGACUUCGUGAGCACCAGUCCCUCGCUAUACGUGCAAUUCGACUCGAAAACCGGCUCCUACAGCGGCUCUUCGCUUUACUACUGGGCACACUACGACUUCUUCAAUAACACCCGUUUCGGUGAUCCGGUGCCAAAUACACUCUGCGAUGAGGUUAUGUACGCCUGGAAGCAUCCGGGUGGUAAGAUACGCUCGCCAAUGAACUCGCUCAUUUUCAAACGCACUGGCGGUUCUGAUGUACGCUGUCAGUAUAAAUUCGUCACCGAUCGUCGGCUAUAUGCGCGCGCUGUCAUCGAAGUCACUUCGGUUUCGUUCAAAGAGUUACCUUACAACAAUAACGCCUGCACGCGUUGCCAUGAAGAGCGUGUCGAUAAGUUGGUGAUUUGGGAGGAACGCGAGAAAUUCCAGAACAAUCUCGCCUGCUUCUGCGAUAAUAUACCACGCGCAGUACGCGUCAUCUCCUCCGCAGAUCAGAUGAAUCUCGAAAUGAUUGUGCAGGGUCAACACGCAAUCACGUCCUAUUUCAAGAAUCCCAAUCCACUAUUCGAGGCGUCUUAUGAGUUUGCGCACGGUCCGCUAUGCGGCCCCAUAACACUGGGGCCCUCGCCCGAUGGCGAAUUGGUAUUUCCCUUCAAGAAGGCAUUGGCGAUGGCGGCGGGCCCAAUGGCCGCCGUGCCUGAGCAUCAUUAUCGUCGCGAAAAGUGCAUUUGGGAACUGAAAGUGGCGGCACAGCGCGACCUGUGGUUGAAUUUGGAGAAAGCGCGGUUUGCCGAUCGCACUUGUGACAGCGCCAAAAUCGAAGUAUACCUUGCGGGGCGACUCGAGCCACGUUUCAUUAUGUGCCCCGAAAAUAUCUCCUUGGCGCGCGAUCUACCCAUACUCUCGGCAGCCGAUCUGGGUGCGCUUGGCGCCGAUCAGGAACCACUGCCAGUGCUGAUACAAUACACCGGCGAUGGGCAGCCGGGCAAAAAUGCCUUCCGUUUAGUUUGGACCGAACUGUUCCAUUUGCCACGCAAUCCCGACGGUAGUUUGGCAUCGUCGUUGCUGCAGGACGGUGGCUGCGACUUCCGCUGUCCCGGCGACACAGAGGUCUGCAUACCACGCCACCUGCUGUGCAACGGUGUCGACAAUUGUCCGAACGUGACGCACAUCUCUACGAUGGCUCAACUAACGCGGCACAUUGAGUGGAAUUUGGAGCAACUCGGUCUGCUGCAUCGCGCGCACGCCUACAAGGAUCUCGUGCUGAACGAUGAAUCGGCAGAGAUAUGCCUGCGUCAGGAGUUGAGCGAAUUGCCAUAUGGCAAGCUGAUAUUGAUCACGCUGGGAUUGAGUUUGAUGCUGACGCUAUUCGUGGCGAUAUUGUGCCGCAUGUUUCGAGGGCCGGGUCAUGCCUACCACAGCAGAUACUAGAGGUACGAGUUGUGGUUGCAAGGCAAACCGCUGGGCGUGCACGUGUAGCAGUUGUGUGCGCAGCGGGGCAGGCAGAUGUACGAAAUCGGCCGAGGCGAUAGUGGAGUGGAGGAGUGGCGGAUGUAAACUGCUUCGGGGAAGAAAUAUAUUUUUAGUGUGGAAGUAAUAAGUGUUAAGUUUUGAUUUUUUAUGUAGUUACACCUAAGUAUUGUACCUUUUUGGAAUACCCACUGAGCGAAAAAUACAUACAUACAUACAUAGUUGCCUGCUAAGUAGUAGUGAUUGAGAAGGCAUUAAACAAAUAAAUAAAAUGUAAUUGAAAUGCCUAAUUGUAGGUAUACAUACAAGAGAGUGUUGAGCAUCUAAACUGAGGUUUAGACUUUUGUAUUUGCAUUGUGGAUCUCGGUUUUAUUGUAACAGUACGCUCUUCUGAACAUUAGCAGAAUUUUUGUAAAACCGAGCUUUGUCCAUAAAGCUUGUAGACACUUGGCGUGUGAUGUUUUGAUGUAGAAAAGUAAGUUUAAGUAAGUGAUUCGAUCCAUACGACUUUCCUCACCAAAUUUUGUAUUAUUUCGGAAAAAAAUAAGUUCUUCAAUUACCGGAAACUUGAGCAAAGUAAAAGCUCUAAAGCUGAGCCUAUAAUGGAGCGACGAAAACGGCGACUAUAUUCUCAGCGUAAGGAGCUAAGGGAGCUGAUGAAAAUUCGUAAUAAUUCUUAUUCGAUGCGAAUUAUAUAGCCUCUUUUCAAUUGCUGAUAUCAACGUAGUUCGAAUAAAAAAUGAGCUCAAGUUUAGACUCAAUUUUGUUACUCAAGAUAUGAAAUUGAGCUACACAGUAAACUGCACCUGGGCCCCAACUCACUUUCGGUUCAUAAGAUGUUAUACCCGUAAAUAUGUAUGUAUUUGCAUUGUCCUUUCACCGUCUUUGAAAUAUCAACUGCCAAUGGCACAAAGAAAUUUGUGAUUUUUUAUUAAAUACAUAUUUACUACAUAACAAAAAAGUAAGUUUUUGAUAUUAUG